CUGUGUAGACUUUAAGUAAAUGCAUUAUUUAAUUUUAAGUUAAUUAUAUAUAAUAGGCCGCAACACUCACGUUAUAGACUUUUGGCAUAUCAUCAAAUAAAAAAUCCUCGCCAUAUUCAAGAAAUUUCAUUUUUAUUUAUUUGUAUAUAAAAUAUUUCACUUAUUCAAAUAUAACAACAACAAGACAAAUUAAUAAACAAAGUGCAAUUGUUUAAAUAAACCCGCCUAGAAUACAGAACAGCAAAACAUUUCGCAGCUGUUUUAGUAAGAUGAACCAGAGAACUCUGGAUGAACACGGCAGCAGAGAACGUAUAUUAUAUACGUUCUCUGAUAUUACAAACAGUUUGAAAAACUUUGUACGCAAAUAAAUUCGAAUAAAUAAAUUGAAAUUAUUGAAAAUAGAUUAUUUAUUUAUAUACAGCAAAAAACGGGUUUAAUUCAAAAGAAAAAAGUAAUAAUAUAACAUUGCCGCAUUUAUAUGUAAGUUUAAAUAUAUAAUAUUUUGGUACCUAUUUUAACGACAACAUGUUAUUGCGAGUUGCCUAAAUGGUAAGAAGAAGAAUAUACCUAAUAUAAGCACUUGGUUAUCUCAGCUGGUUGCGGAGCUGUUUUUAUAUUAAAUUGUUUAAUAAAUAAAUUAUCUUGAAUAAAAAUAUAUUGCUAAUAAAGUGCAAAUAAUAAUUUAUUAUAGAUUAUUAUUCUAAUAUUAACAGAUUACUAGAGACAUAAUGAACUUCCUGCGGCAAACUAUCAGCGUUACGAAACAGUUGUCACAAAAAGUGCUCAAUGGCAACCUACUGCAGUCCAUCCAGAGUGGCAGCCUAUUCGAGCCGGCCUGUCGUAUGGCGUCCUUAAACCAAAUGCACCGCACUGGUCCACAUUUUAAAAAGCGUCCGCCACGACAACCACUUGAUGGUAAACCUUUCGCGAAAGGUGUUGUCCUUAAGACACUCAUCAAAAAACCGAAAAAACCAAAUUCCGCUAAUCGUAAAUGUGUGCUCGUGCGCUUAUCUACCGGCAAAGAAAUGCUUGCUUAUAUACCCGGCGAAGGACACAACUUACAAGAGCACAACAUUGUGUUAUGCCGCGUCGGUCGUUUGCAAGAUGUGCCUGGCGUGAAGUUGAAAUGCGUGCGCGGCGUAUAUGAUUUGGCGCAUGUCAUCAAGAAGUGAAGAAAAGUGGUGGAACCUAUUUUCCUUUUUUUCUUCUAAAUGAUAUGAUAUGUAUAUGAAGUAAUAAAAUAUCCUUUAACAAAGUAAA